AUGAGAUUCUUCAUCAUCCUUCUUUUGGCGCUUUUAGCCGUCACUGCUCUUGGUAAGUGAAACCUACAGUAAUGUAAAAAAUUUCUAUUAAAAAUCACAGUUUCCAUAAGAUACUAUCAUAACCAUAAAAAUCUUUAGGAGCUGCCCACCACGGUAAGAAGCCAGUCCACAAGAAGCCAGCCCACCAUCCUCCAGCACACAAAGCUCCAGCUCACAAAGCUCCAGCCCACAAAGCCCCAGCUAAAGCUCCAUCUGGAACUGGUGCCACUUCAGCUGUCAAGACUACUGGUGCUGCUGCAGCCGCUACUACCCCCAAGGCUUCCUAA